CCCUGAUCCCAACCCGGCGUCUCUGUCUCCGAGCCGCAGUCCAGCCAUGUAAUCCUCCGCUGACACCGGCUCCUCGGUGUCCAUCCUCAGUCGCAUCCCGAACAAAACACGGCGGCGAGGUUUUCUUCAUGGAGCUCGGCCCGAGGAUUUCAUAAGUACCGACUUGAAGAGCUCCGGUUCCCUGCAGACGCCGUCUCAGACGUGGGCGCGCACACUCAGACGCGAGGAGGCGACUCGGGCCCCGGGGACCGGACGUCGAACAUGGCCGCCCGCUCGUCGGCCGGGAAUCCCCCCAGCGGCCUGACGGACAGGAGCGGCAGCUUCUUUAAGCUGAUCGACACGUUUGCACUGGAGAUCGGGGAGCUGAAGAAGGAGAUGGUCCAGACCUCUCCAACUAUGGACAAGGAGCCCACCGAACUACGGGGGCUGGGCAGCGAGGUGAGUGGCGUUUACCUGCAUUCCCCCCACUGCGGCGGGCUGGGCGGUGAAAGGGACUCUGGGUAUGACUCCUUGCGGAGGAGGAUGAGCGUGCUGGACAGGCUGAGUCAAACCCACCCGGUGUGGCUGCUGCUGGUGGUCAGUGAAGAGGAGGCCAGUCGCGUACUGCUCAAGCAGCCACCAGGGGUAUUCCUGGUCAGGAAGUCAGCUGCUCUGCAGAAAAAGGUUCUGUCCGUGCGUCUGAAGGAGGAUCAGUCAGGAACUCCCAUCAGCCACUUUCCUGUCAGAGAGAGCCAGUACACCUUUUCUCUCGAGGGAUCUGGGAUCAGUUUUGCAGAUCUUUUUCGCCUGGUGGCCUUCUACUGUAUUAGCAGGGAUAUCCUGCCUUUCACAAUCAAACUCCCAGAGGCCAUUGCAUCGGCCAAGACUCAGAAAGAACUGGAGGAGGUGGCACAGCUUGGAGCAGGCUUCUGGGACUCUGCCCUGUGCAGUCAGCGGCGCACCUCCCCCCGUCCCUGUCGCCCUCUGAGCCGUACCCUCAGUCCCCAGCGAACCAACAGGAGCGGUGAGGUUGGGGGGUCACAGCAGAGACUCGCCGGGUCUUACUGCGAGAGUGCGCCCCCAACACUACGGUCCCACGCUCCUCCACCUUCUUUUCAUCUGGAGAGAAGACAUUCCAGUAGUCCCCUGUGCUUCGUUAACCCACUGUUUCUCCAGACUCAUCACUACCUCUGUGGAGAGGAUUCCCCUUCACAUGCUGUCAAGUCCAACAACGACCGAGGGAAUGUGGGGGAAUCGUCUGUGAAGACGUUAAGCAGCAGCGAAGUUGGCGAGCAAAACACGGACAAGAUCAAACUGAACGGCAAAUCGAGGCACCCUCCCCCUCGCCCCCCUCCUCCCCGCUCAAUGCCACGCCGCCGCCCUGCCCCACCUCCACCUGGACCUCCAGCGGCUACCACCAGACCCAAGAGCAUGCCAGAGGCUGUUGUUCUGGCUGCCAAGCAACACCAGUCCCCCAGCAGGCGCCCUGCACCCGCUCGACCACCAAUGGGUGCCAAGCACAGCAGCCUUACCAAAGGUGCCAGCUCACCAAUCCCUGUGCCUUCAAACCCACGACCUCCAAGGCCUAAAAAGCCUGAUCUGGAAGCCCACCGCUGCCACAUAGCAAUGGACGAGGAGACCAUUGCCAAGGCCCUGUCUCGUGCCAAGCUUCCACCAUGCCAGCCUCCGCCCGCUGUCCCCGCUGAUGUACUACUAGAGAAUAAUGCUAGGAGUCCAUCUAGUCCUAGUGAGAGGGGACGCCAGCGGCUCAGUGAUAUGAGCAUGUCCACUUCUUCCUCUGACUCACUGGAAUACUCACAGUCUCCUGGAUUCUCCCUGGGCCUGACCCCGAGUCAAUCUCGACACCUUAACCACCAAGACCCAGUCGAGGACAGCAGUGAGGAGGAUGAGGAUGGGGAGGAAGAUGAAGAGGAGGACUAUGGGGUCGGCCUGGAGACUGAUCUAGAGAUGCGCCUCCGCACAUCCUUUAAAGCCCGCAGACGAAGGGUUGGUGUGAGCCUGAGUGGGGGGUCCUUUAUCCUCCCCAGGGCCUUGAAAGGACGCUUCCGCAAGGUGAGUGGCAUGCUGAGCUCCCUCAUGACGCCGGAGAGACGGGCGGUGAAAAGGAUUGCCGAGCUGUCCAGGAACAAAAGUUCCUACUUUGGCUCCCUGGUUCAGGACUACAUCAGCUUUGUUCAGGAGAACCGGGGCUGUCACACAUCAGGGAUGGAUUUUCUGCAGACUCUCAGGCAGUUUAUGACGCAGAUGAAGGCUUACCUGCGCCAGAGCUCUGAGCUGGACCCACCUAUAGAGUCACUGAUACCUGAGGACCAGAUUGACCAGGUGCUUGAGAAGGCCAUGCACAAGUGUGUCCUGAAGCCGCUGAAGAGUGUGAUUGAGGUGGCUUUACACGACUUCCAGGUGAGCAGUGGAGCUUGGCAGCAGCUGCGGGAGAACCUGGCCCUGGCCAAGACCAAGAGGCCCCAGGAGCUGGGGGUGGACGGGGCCGUGCCCCCUGAUGCCGUGGCCAUCGAGAAGAUCCGCCACAAGUUCCUGAACAUGAGGACGAUGUACUCCCCUGAGAAAAAGGUGUCUCUGCUGCUGCGCGUGUGCAAGCUCAUCUACACCAUCAUGCAGGACAACUCAGGGAGGAUGUACGGUGCCGAUGACUUCCUGCCCAUGCUGACUUAUGUGGUGGCGCAGUCCGACAUGCCUCAGCUGGACACGGAGAUCGAGUACAUGAUGGAGCUGCUGGACCCAUCGCUGCUUCAAGGAGAGGGUGGGUACUACCUGACCAGCGCCUACGGGGCCAUGGCCCUCAUCAAGAACUUCCAGGAGGAGCAGGCAGCCCGGGUGCUGAGCUCCGAGGCCAGGAACACACUGCACCAGUGGCACCACCGACGCACUGCCCAGCGUUCAGUGCCGUCUGUGGACGACUUUCAGAACUAUCUCCGUGUAGCCUUGCAGGAAGUGGACACGGGCUGCACGGGCAAAACCUUGGUCGUCCACCCUUACACCACCACGGAGGAGGUCAGCUCACUCUGCGCUUACAAAUUCAAGAUCCCCGACCCCGAGAACUACGCACUGUUUCUGGUCACUGAGGACACCAGCCAGCAGCUGGCCCCGGACACACACCCUCAGCGCAUCAAAGCCGAGUUCCACAGUCGGCCCCUUGCACAGACCUUCCACUUCGUCUACAGGAGGGUCCCUAACCUUAAUCUCCACAUACCUGCCAUGGUGCAAAAUGGAAACUGCCUUCAAGUUGAAUAGUGGUGGAGAAUAUAACAGCUUGCUGCACUUGGAACUAUUGUGGUUGGUAUUCUUGUGGUGCUGGUUUGGUUUGUUGAUAGAUUUUGAGGAUGUCUGAAAUAGAAACCAAGUUGUGUAUUUUGUGCAGAUUGAUGUUAAAUAUGACAAUUUUGAUACCAAAAAAAAUGAUAAGAUUUGAGGGUUUUUUUUAAAAAUGAGAAACAACCAAGUGAUAGGAUGGACUCUGAAAAGUUCUGGUGUUUUAACACUUACACCUCAAAAAUGUGGCUCAGAUAUGGGAGGAAAAGGCAACACUGUGGCAACACUCAUUCAGUUUAAUCUCAAGUUAUCAACAGUUACCAACCAAGGAGAGUCUCCUUUGCCUGUAUCUGAUUUGGUUUGAACUAGGGCUGCAACUAACAAUUAUUUUCUUAAUUGAUUAAUCUGUCGAUUGCUUUUUCGAUUAAUCGAUUAGUUGUUUGUUUUGUUUUGUUUUGUCCACUCACCGAAGAUAUUCAGUUUUCUGUCGUAGAGGUGCAAAGAAAUCAGGAAAUAUUAACAUUUAAGAAGCUGAAAUCAGAGAAUUUUAACUUUUCCCCCCAUAAAAACUACUUGAAUAGAUUAAUCGAUUAUCGAAAUAGUUGGCGAUUAAUUUAGUAAUCAAUCAAUUGAUUAACUGUUGCAGCUCUAGUUUGAACGUAUGCUGAGCUGAAAUUGUUGGAUUGUGUGUCGAGACUGAUUUGGAGGGAUUUCGGGAUGUGAAAUGUUAUAUGGACAUAAACAUUUCUUCAGAUUGUUUGACAUGUAUAAAAUCCUCAAAGCAGAGGUCAUAUACAGUAAAAUAUUGCAUUUCAUACGUAACUGUUUGCCUUAACUGCUGUUAUUCCAGGUGCCUUCAAAAGGAAUUGAACAUACUGUGUGCUACUGAAAGCUUCCAGUUGUCGUCCAGUGAUUAGUUGCUUUGCAUCAAUGUAAAAUGUCAUGCUAAAACAUUAAUUUAAAAAGUAAAAUGAACUACUGUAAAAGUUCAGAUUAUUGUUGAGGUUUUUUUGUUUUGCUUAUGGUAUAUUUUCUGCAAUUGCUGGUCAAUUGUAGCCUGUAUCUCUAUGUAGAAAUAUUUUUAUAUUCUAAUGUUUUUUUGUUUUUUUCAUCACUAAAGUGACAGAGAUUUGUAUUCAUAUCACAUUUUUCUGUACUGGACUUGGAUUUAUGCCAGUUAUUUCCUAAAAGUCAUCUUAAGACAACACUGUUUCUACUGUUUGUUAUCAAAAGCUCUGAGCUGACUGUGUAAAUAUAUAAAAAAAUUCUCCAAACGAA